AUAGCUUUGUAUGCCCCUGCGGUAUAUGAUGCUCCCAAUAUGGGCGAAGCCGUGCAUUCAAAGUGAGAUUCAUGGAUGAGUGGCGCUUUCUGAGCCGGCCAUGACAGCAUAUAUCCAAUGCAAAGCAGAUCGGAAAAUAGGCAUCAAUUGGGUCAGUACGGGUAAGCAAUGUCUUAUUGGUCUUCAUAUUUCAGUUUUGGAUGACGAUUAUAUUGGGUUUCGAACCAUUAAGGGUCCUUGCGGUUUUCUUCCUUUGUCACUUGGUGCAGCGUCUACAGGGACCAAUGGCGUGUACGAGUACGGUGCAAGCGCACCAGAUGCCACCUUACGCUACAUUGUUUAUACUCCUGUCCUUUCCCUUGUAUUCAUUGCCAUCGGGUCCUGCUUCGCAUUUUCACUUCACUCUUUAUGUUGAUCUUUUGUAUGUAACCCGAAACAAAACAAUCGCCUCUCCCUUCCCCCGCCACUCGGGCUUCUUGUUCAGAGCAAGCAUCGAAGGUACAUCGAAACCCAGUCAGCGCCCCACCAGCCAGCACUAGACAAAGCCCCCCAAACUCUACCAAAGCCUUCGCCUAUUGCGUGGGUGCGGGCUCUGCGCCUCUCUGCUCUCUCCCCAGAGCAAAGGGUUCGCCUUGCGUAAAUCACAAAACCCCACCUUUGGUCAACUUCGAGCUCAUCAACUUGCUCCACGCCACCAUUCCACCAUCCCCAGGGAACUGUGAAGACAACUCUUGAACUAUUUCCACCUUCUCACAGAUCCACUGCCCAUUCUUCCCUUCCCUCACUUUCCGUAGCACCUGACACAUUGUGGCCAUACACAGCAACGGUUCCCCGCACAAGAGUUCGCCCUCUUCGACACAGCCGUCGUGGACAUUCGCCCGCUCAGAGCCAUUCCAGACCCAUCUCGAUAUUCUCGGCUUCACAUUACGAGCGCAAUACCUUUCUCCUCAUCAACUCGGACUCCCUUGAUGCUCCAAUAACACUCGUCUCUCUGCUACUGGAUUUACAUGGGUUCUGGUAAAUCUCCUACCAAGACACCUCGCCCCAAACGCCGGGCUCUUCAUUCCUGCUCUUCAGCCAUCCGAACCUCCCGCGCCCUUCCUCUCGUCUCCCCAUCCUAUUCUCUUUCAACAAAUACAUCAUGCCCCGCAGUAGCUUUUCCCGGAAUCCGCUGCUAAGAGUGUCGCGCCCUAUUUCGGCUUGUUCACGAUGUCGCACCGCUAAAGUCAAGUGCGAUGGCAAGCUACCAGCAUGCACUGCGUGCCAGAAAGCUGGUCGCGAAGACGAGUGUUCGUCGGCAAAUGAUCAGUUUGCUCGGGGGAAAGAACGAAGCUAUGUGGCUGCUCUCGAACUGCGCAUUGAGAAGCUCGAGCGCCGCCUGCAAUAUGCAAAAUCCCGAAAGGCAUCUGUCGGCAAUCACGAACCUGAAACAUCAACGACAAGCCCCGAUGACGGUAGCGAACGACGUGAUUCCCUGGCAUCUAUUCGCGAUGCUAUUCAUCGCAAAGCUGCCAGAUCACGCGAGAAUUCAGACGUUAACACCCUUGUCUCCGAUUUUGGCUUCAUGUCUGUAAAUGCCACUACCAGAGAUUUCGAACCGACUUCCGGCAACAUGACAUUUGCAAGACUCGUUUUAGCCGCGACGCUCAACGAUCCUGUCCCGCCAUCCGUCGAAAUUGACAUUCCUCCACGACAGGCCAUCAAUUCAAUCGUCCAAUACUUCCUCUCCAACAUCUACACGCUCUAUCCCUGUUUUUCUGAAACAGCCCUUUGGACGGUAAUUGACGACUUUUACAAGCAGGAUGGCCGUCCAAUCAAGGACACUGACUACUGGUUGAUGUACAUGGUGCUUGCUAUUGGUUCAACGGCCCAGAGCAAGACGCUCCACGAUUCAUAUUAUGAUACUGGUGUUGAAUACCUGGCCAAAGCGCUUCAGCACGCUGAUCGUGCGCUUGUUCCCGGGAAUGUCGGUCAGGUUCAAUCCCUUCUGCUCCUGACACUUUAUUCGAUGCUGGAUCCCGCUCAUUUCGAUGCAUGGCACCUUAUCGGCUUUACCGCGCGUGCCAUUAUUGACCUUGGCCUGCACCAAGAUCCGCCAUCUUCUACACUGGACCGCACCUCGCUGGACAUGCGCCGACGUACAUUUUACUGUACAUAUGCGAUGGACAGGGCAAUCAGCAUGGUUCACGCACGUACAUUCUCGUUUACGGAUGAAACAACCAAUGUUGCCUUUCCCCACUCCAUCAACUCUAAGCCUGAUCUCAGCCGAAAACCCUCUGAAACUGGCCCUAUUUCUGGCCCUCAGUCAGCCGAUCCAGCCCUACUACUCUUCCAAUUACGACGAGCACAGUCGUUUUGGUACCAGGAGCUCUACCAAUCUGACUCAACCCCACUAGCCGAUCCAUCUUCUUUCUUGUGGCAGAUGUGUCUCGAUAUGCGUGAAUGGAGUGACUCGCUUCCCGUUACACUUCCACCGGGAAUAAGACGCAUGUUCGAUCAAGAGCUACGCUACAGUUACGUGUACUGCAUUGCCCCGUCUGUACGGGCACCGCAAAUCACCGACUAUACUCGCAGCCUCAUCUUUGAAUAUGCGCUAGAGUAUCUCAACGUCAUGUUCGACAUUGCACACAUGGAUCUAAACAGCGCCUUGUACACAUACCAUGACGCUAUCAAGGUGUACUUUAUGGGCAACCAGUUCCUUGCCGUUCUUCGCGACUCUGAAGACAUUAUCCUCUCCGGAAGGCCCGUGCCGGCUCCGCCUACUCGUCCUGGCUGCCCACCGCCGCCCCCGAUGCCAAGGCGCCAUGUCCAACUGGCGCAAACACCCGCAGAGAUGCUUCAGAAAAGUCUGGGCUGUCUGCAAGGCAUACCACAGACGCUGAUGAAGUAUGCUGAACGCUGGGAAGACGCAAAUAUGCUUCUACAAAGCUUCCAGCAGCUUUCUAAGGACACAAUCGCGCGACUGCAAAGCAGGCGAGCAACAGGCAGCUCGCCGCAGCAAGCUAUCCAGCAGCAGAUGCCGCCAGCGCCGAAUACCCAAUAUCAAAAUCAGAUGCCGCCUGUUGGAAUGCAGGGUCAGCAACCCUGGGUUGGCAUCAAUGUCUCCCAGAUGAUGCACGGUGGGCCUCCACGGUAGGGCUACAGCAGCGGCGACAUGGGAAGUGAAGAGUAUUGGGAAAUGUUGGCGCAAGGAUAUAUAGCUUGAGAAUAAAAAAUCCUAAUACAGAAUUUGAAAUCUACCAAUUACCGUUGCUGUCGAACCUGGUGGAUGCAAUCUUUAUGCCUAAUAUACGACGUAAACGCGACCAUACAGUAAAUAACUUUCAUUUCGUAGGUUGGUUUUAAUAAAAGAGAAAUGUCUGCACAGCUUUACAUAUCCCAUAAGACGCCUUUGAUACACGACAACACAAAAAGAGACAAAAGCAGCAAACAGCAAAACACCCCAUAGCCCCUUGGAUUCCCGAAACAAAAAAUCAUCACCUUUUGUGGGUAAACUACACCGUUCCUGCAGCUUGUCACAGCUCUUUAACCGGCCCGAAUGUCCUGGAGAUGCAAGUUUCGCGUCUGGCGAGGCAGGGUGCGGUCGCGUUCAUACAGGUAGCCGCAGUUGGCACAUAGUGUCUACAAGCGAAAAGAGACUUGUUAGCAGGAUUCGACAAAGGCGAAAUGAAACAUGAUGAACUCACUCUUGGACCGGCAGGGCCGUCACGAACAGCCCAGACGCUAGUUCCCCAUAUGCGGCAGUGAGCGCAACGCCAGGCAAGUCGUUCUUGGUCUGUCAGCGCGCCGCCGCCUCCAUAGCCACCAACAUCGGGUGUUCCUCGCACGCCUGGUGUACCCAUGCGGGCAAUUGGGCUCAGACUACGGAAGCGGCGCUUCUUCUUGGAACGUUCGCCGCGGCCCAUGCGCUCUUCCUCGAGCUCAAAUGUUGGGCCUGUUGUUGUGGGCGUGCCGCCAAGCAUACCUGUUGUAGAGCUGAAGCGGGCCGUCUCACGGCGCAGCCGGCGUACUUGGCGCUCGCGGUCUCCUUCACGCUUUUCCAUCUCUUCCUUGGUCAGCAGCUCGACUUUGGGUUCCCAGUCGCCCGCUAGGUUGUCGGGAUCGUAACGCCAGCCAGCUUCGUUGCCUAGGACUGCGUCGUUAGGUAGCUCCUGCUGGACGCCGCCCCAGCCCGCGACAAAACCGCCCGCCUCGCAAGCCUCCUUCUUGAGCCGCAAAACUGCUUCGUAUAUGGCAUGUGUCAUUGCUGGCACCCACUCAGGUGUCAGACCGAGAUCGGCGCACGUUGUUUUGGCAAAGGCUUCAGCGGUUCCGACGGGAUGUAGCAGCGACCAUUCAAAUUUGUCAGUGUAUAGCAUAGACGACAUGUUGAGGUUAAGAUUGACGAUACACCGGUACGUGUCGUCGGGGUUGUAGUCUUCUGAUUCGGGCGUGAUGGUUGUGGCUUCUGCCGAGACCUUUGGUACCUCAGCAUCGGUUGCUGGCGCGGCCGGCAGCGGUGUGCUUGGAUCAACGGCAGUUUGCGCCGGCGUGUCGGGCCGCGAUACAGGCUUGGGGGUUCCGUUGGCACCGUUGGCAAUAGGCGCAGCUUGGGAUUGGUUUGUCGAUUGCAGAGGUUGCUGAGGGUUCUGGUUCUGUUGGUCCGCAUGGAACAGUGGGUGCAGGGCAACGCCGGCAUAUUCUUCCAGUUGCGUACGGAUUUGCUUGCUUAUGUCUGCUACUGCGUGUGCUUUGUUUGGUAGGUCAAGGUCCUGCACGAGUGUCUGUGCAAAUUGGUCGGUAGUGAUGAGUGUUUCGUGGAGAUUCCAGCAAAAGAUAUCUCGCAGCUUAUAAGGUACCGUCAUUUCUUGCUGGCGGUAUUGUGGAAGAGAUAGAUCAACACCUGGGCCAGCGGGUGGAGGGAAGGCGGGCUGAGGAAUGAAUUGAGGAACGUCGAGGUCUAUGCGGAUCGGAAUCAGCGUCAAUGGCAGAUUGGCUUGGGCAGCAUUCUGUUGAUCGCUUCUAACGGAUCGAGUCUUGCCCAUCCAAUCACGCCAGAUGCCUUGAACACGGACGGGUUCGUAGGUCUCCUGCCCAGCCUUGUCGGUAGCAUCUUGCCUGUUGGUAGAAUCUUCUUUUCGAAUGCUGCGGAGUCCGGUAAGUCGACGUCUUGGGUCGUCACUGUCGUCGUCAUCGUAGUCGUAUCCAUCCUCAGCGUAGUUGAUCAUGGUGGUGCCGCGCUUAGUCGUCCUCGAGUGCUGGUUAGCGCUGGGCGCGCUGGCAAUCACUGGGGUCAGGAGCGCAUUGUUGUAGGAGCGCAGUCGCGGCGCGUAGGACGAUUGAAACGCCUGGGGCUUUGCUCGAUCCAUUAUGUACUGUGUGUGAUGGCGAGAAGCAUGGCAAAUCUAGGCAGAUGGCUGGGCGCAAAGGGAGCUCGGGGCAGCGUUGACAGCGUCAAUUAUCAGCUCAAUCGCCGCAGCUCGUGAGGGACGGUGUCUGAUCAGGUACUCAGAGUUGUUUUGAUGCGUACACGUGGCUGGCGAUGCUUGGCGAUAGAAGCUUAGCGAGUUGGCGAUGGGAGGGUUUGCUGCAAAGGCGUUUGGAGUCGCGACUGGAGCAGCCAAUUUCGCGUCG